AUGAUAAUAUCGAGCAAUAUAUCGAAAUUUAAAAAAAAAAAUUUAAGCGAUACGAACGAUGAAUCUUACGUUAUACCAACACUCCAAUCGACUUUUGCCGAUAUGACAAUAAAAUUAAUGCUUAUACCAUUAGAUUCGUACAAACAAAAUAAUGAUUUAAAAACUGCGCUCGAUGAAUUAAAUAAUGUAUUUACAGUCAAUGGAGAUCCACAGAGAAAAACUAGUCCUGUAGGAGACCAUGAAAAAUUUUUUACUAAUUUGUUAACACGUUUUAAAAAUAUUAUAUGGGAGUGCAUGAUAUUGAAACAGUCACAUGGAAUAAAACCUAAAAGAGAAUUACUUAUAUUGGAUGAUAACAAAAUAGAUGUAAUGGAUACAAAUGAUUUUUUUUUUACGACCAACUCCAAUAUAAAUUUUAUGGAAGCUUUAGAUGAUAUAACAAAUCAAUAUGGAUUAGGUUUGGUUAAUCAUUUGGGUCCUCACCUAAUAGCCUUGGGACAUUUUACUGUAUUAAAAUUAGCACUUAAAAAUUAUAACAAUUAUUUCCAAGCAAAAAGUAUAAAAUUUUUUAGUUGGCAAAAAAUAUUAGAGUUCUCCAUGUCUGAUCGAUUUAAGGUUCUUGAUAUGAUGUGUGAUAAUGAAUCAGUUUACUAUUCCGAAAAAAAGAGAAGAAAAACGUACUUGAAAGUUGAUCGAUCACACACAUCUAUGGAAUGUAAUAUAUUAGAAUAUCUAUACAUUAUUUUAAUAAAUAUCAGUUAG